GAGUUUAAGAAAGAAUGGAAGCAACAUGAAAAGCAAAAAACACAAUUAAAUAAUAAGUACUUUACUGACCUGGCUAAGUGGAUAUGUGCAUGUCCUGCAUAUAUCCAAAGUCAUUUUUUUUUAUGCAAGCAUCUAGUUAAUUCUGUUGAAAAAGCUGAUUUGAUAUUCUUUAAGAAGGCAAGCAAAUUGGUGAACAUGUUUAACUCGGAAGAUACUCAGAAUCAUGAAAAUAUAACUUUUCCAUUAAUUCAAAACCCACAAAUUGAGCAUGAAGACGAUUAUGUUAUUGAAGGCAGUGAUGAUGAAUGGGAUAUGUACGAAUCAGAGUUAGCAUAUUUGCAUAAAGUCUUAGAUAAG